AUGAAGUUCCGAUCCCAGCACUCGAGCCUUCUCCUCCUCCUCCCUGCGCUUACGAGCGCUCUCGCUGCCGAAGCAUCGCCGAGUGUAAAUAACAUCAACACCCGGCAUGAUGUGCCCACCAAGGAUGCCCCCGUCGAUGGCAAGGAUGGGAAGCCCCAUCUAGGUCCAUUCGUCGAGGCCGACGAGAAGAGGACCAACGACGUACAGGACCUGCCCCCGCUCAAGGGCCGUCCAGACGACUGGACGAUCCAUGAUGGCCAGGAGAUUCCCCAGACCAACGACGGUGUCAUGUUCGACAAGAACCGCGAGCGACCAGCCAAAGGCAAGACGGGCACCGAAGGUGGCGUUUCCGAGAAGGAGAAGAACCGAAAGGCCCGCGAAGACAAGAUUGGCGGAAAACUACAGCAACAGCCCGAGUCUCCCAAAGAACAGCCUCCUCUGCCUCAUAGCGAGGAGCAGAAAAUCCAGAGCACGACGUCCAACAAGAAGAAGGAUUCAGAUUCAAGCAAGAGUGCCCCUUCUACAGACAAGGCUAAAGAUACCACUUACACUGGUCUAGACAAGCCCGAUGACCUGCCUGACACGCCACACAAGAAGACCCAAACCACGAACAGCGACGAUAUCGACCUCUCUUCGAAGCCUCCGUCUACCCCUAACACCAAUUCAAAGAUUACCCCCCAUGGCGACGAGGAAGAUGGCAUCAUCCAGCCUUUCCACUCCUUCAUCCUUUCCCUGACGAUGAUCCUCUUCUCCGAGGUCGGAGACAAGACAUUCCUGGUUGCGGCGUUGAUGGCCAUGAAGCAUGAUCGCAUGGUUGUCUUCUCUGCUGCCUUCGGUGCCCUGUUCGUCAUGACUGUCCUAUCUGCCGUCCUUGGCCACACCGUCCCCACGCUGCUCCCGAAGCGCCUGACCAGCCUUGCCGCGUCGAUUCUCUUCUUCGUCUUCGGCGCCAAGCUCCUUUACGAAGGUCUGCAGAUGGACCCUAACGAGGGUGUCGGUGCCGAGAUGAGUGAGGUCGAGCAGGAGCUUGCCAUGAAGGAGAAGGAGCACCAAUCCGACUCGUACUCGCUGGAGAUGGGUCUCGCUGGGCGUCGUCCAAGGUCACGAAGCCAGAUGGCCUCGCCUCCACGCUCUCCAUCCCAGUCGCCUGCCCGCCCUGCUCCAAGAGGCGGCGCAUUGGGUGGAUUCCUGCAUGGAACAGGCAACCUCCUGUCGCUGCUUCUGAGCCCCGCGUGGGUUCAGACGUUUGUCAUGACCUUCCUGGGCGAGUGGGGUGACCGCAGCCAGAUCGCUACCAUCGCCAUGGCUGCUGGCCAGGAUUACUGGUGGGUUACCCUUGGAGCAGUCUGUGGGCACGCUGUUUGCACUGGUGCGGCAGUUAUCGGUGGACGGGCUAUCGCUGGGCGAGUCAGUUUGAAAGUUGUCACCGUUGGUGGAGCCGUCGCAUUCCUUGUCUUCGGUCUCAUCUACCUCAUCGAGUCCUUCUACUCUUAG